UCGGGCUGCUUAGGAGCGCUGCUCUCCGGCGGGGACACUCAGUCGCGUCGGCACCGCGGAGCGGGCUGCGUCAGGUGGCCGGCCCGGCGCGGCUCGCUCGCUGGCUCGCAGGCUCUCUGGCUCCGGGCUGCGGCGCCGCGGCUGGAGCGAACCCCUGUCCCAGCGCGGGGCGGCGGCGGCGGGCGGCCGGCAGGCAGGCAGGCACUGCCUUGCGUGUGAGUGCACCUCACUCACAUAGCCUAACCAAGGAGCGCCUGAGGGUAACAGCAACCUCGUGCCAUCGCGCCUCUGCACUUUUCUUUUUUGAGUUGUUUGACAUUUCUUGUUGCUUUUUGAUUUCUCGUGUUGUUGGGUGCUUUCUGGUUUGUUCUCGCCCCUUUUUCGUUUGCUCACCCUUUUUGGCGCUAACUCUUAAGCAGCCAGCCCAGCAGCCUGAACGAAGCCCGGCAGCCGCGCUCCGCGGCCCCGGGGCAGCGCAGCGGGGAUCGCAGCCGACUCCCCCGACACGGGGCGCACGGGGUCCGGCCAGCCCGAGGCCGGGGGCAGGCAGGGCGCCCGGGCCAGGCGAGAGCCAGGCACCCCGAGGUGGCCGAGCCACCAUGCUGAAGAUGGCCAUGAAGAUCAAAGCUCGGGCGGUCGAGAGCGAGAGGAAGACAGCGUUGGCUGCGGCCGAGGUGGCUGCCGAAGCUGCGGCGGUGGCUGCAGCGCUGGCCGAGCCGCGCGCACCGCGGAAGAAAGGGGACACCGAGAAGCCCCCCAAGAAGCCGGAGCAAGAGGCGCCCUCCGAGAAGUUGCUGACCGAAAAGGAUUGGCGGAAGAUCGAGAAGAAGCUACUAGAGCAGAGAAGAAACGAGAAGGAGAAGGAGAGGAAGAAGUUGGAGAAGAUGCAGAAGAAGAAGAAGAAGGUGCCAGAAGCCCGGGAGGAGGCCCAAGGCCCGGAGGCCGCCGCCGAUGCCGCCGCCGCCGGCGCAGACGAGGGCGCCGCGGAGGGCGCCGGCGGGGGCGGCGUGGGCGCCGGCGCCGGGGCCACGAGUAGGAUCUGGUUCGAGUGGGACACGGACUCGAGCGACGAGGACGAGGACGAGGACGAGGACGACCUGUUCGACGCCUUGCUAGGCUUCAGGGGCGCCGUGUGGGCGUCCGGGCUGCUGAAGAUCAGCGCGCUGAGCGCCCACCUGCCGCUGCUGACCUUCCUGGUCCUCUCCGUGCGCAGCCCCGCGUGGGUGCUCGAUUUCCUGCUGCAGAAGCGCCCGGAGAAGGGCCGCGGCUGCGGCUUCUUUUUCGGGGCGACCUGCUGCUUCCGAAUGUUUCUGGGCUGCGCCUUCUUCUCCUUCGUGGGCGGCCGGGCCAAGCGCAGAGGCCGUGGGCGCUCCGGGACCUCGGGUGCCUUCGGCUCGGGCCAUGGCGCCCAGCGCCAGGGGCGCGACGAGCGGCUCAUCUAGUCAGGCCCCCGCCCCCUCUCCCGCCACCAGACACCACCAUCGCUGUGUAGUGUGGAGUUUUAUUGAGUAUUUGUGUGUGUGUGUUUGGACACAUUUUCCUUUUCGGUUGCUCUGUCCUUUGGUUCGUGCUCGCCUCGCUUCUUCCACACUCCCUGCUCUCUAGCUCUCUCUGUCUCUUCUUUUCGAAAAAUUUCCUAAGUCCGGGCUCUGGCUCGCGCUCCCUCCCCUUCCGCCCAC